AUGAUUGAUCGUUCAUCAAAAUCAUUUAGUGGUGAUGGUGUUAAAUUUCAUUUUCCAUUACCAUCAUCACUUAAUUCACCUAUAUUAGGUGCAUAUGAAGUUAUAUUUAAUUAUGGAAAUCAUGAAGCAAUAUUUGAAAAACUUAAUUUUUGUAUUGAUAUGACUAGUCGUAUUGCGAUUGUUGGACCAAAUGGUGUUGAUAUGUAA